GGGGGGGGGUAUUUUUCUUUGGCCAAGCCGGGUGUCCGUUGUUCAUUGGCAUGGUAUUUUGUUCUCCGCGUUUUUUCGUCAGACUGCCGGGUACCUAUUAUUGGGGUGCUGUGUGCGUUGGCCCGGUAUUGUGUGCGGUGUUCGUGUGUAAGUAUUUCCGGCGUUUUCGCCACACCCAACGCUCCAGGGCGUCCUCAUGUACAUCGAGACAAGUACUUCAAUGUUUACAUAUACAUGCCGGCCGUGCCUGCAUGCGACACCCCAUAGCACGACGGUAUCAGCGGCCAAACUCAUUGUUACUGUAGUUGCCGUGCUACUGUCGCUAUUCGACCAUUCUUGCAUUUUUUUCUUCGGGAAUCAGGAGAGUUGUGCACUGCUAGGUGAGGGUCCCGACUCCAACAGGCACAAGCGUGUGCGGUGCAACAACAGAGGGGCACCACCAACAGCAAUUUCAGUUCAAACCUAGCUGACGCCAUUCAAGAGUACUCCACCUAUGGUUGGUAUUGCAGCACAAUUCUAAGUGCUAUAGUCUACAACCAAAAGAUCAGCAGCUAACAUAAUCAAUGCUCGGUGUUGCCGGCACUGUGUCAGGGCAUAAGCACGGUGCCUGUAU